AAAGAUCUGAUUAAAAUUUUUUAAAGUUUAAGGAUCAAAGUAGAAUAUUGAUCAAAGUUUAGGGAUUAUGGGUGCUAUUAACCCUUUUUUAAUAAAAAUUAAAUAAAAUCAAAUAUGUAUGGUGAGAAACACUGUUGAAAUACCCAAGUAAAACCCUUUCCCAUCUUCCGUCUCUCUCUCUACUCAGGUUUCAUUCUGCAGCUGUUUUAAUAAUAAAAAAAAUGAACAAGCCAGCCCCCCAAGACGACGAGCAGGGCGAGGUGUUCCUCGACGAAUCCGAUAUAAUCGACGAAGUUGAUGUCGACGAAGAAGAUCUUCCUGAUGCGGACGAUGAAGAUGAUACUGAAAAUAUUGAGGAACCAGAUGAUUCCAUUCACAUAUUCACCGGUCAUACCGAUGAACUUUAUUCAGUUGCCUGUAGCCCAACAGAUCCAGCAUUAGUGGCAACUGGGGGUAGAGAUGAUAGGGGGUUCCUUUGGAAGAUAGGUCAUGCUGAUUGGGCUUCCAAGCUCCAAGGCCAUACUGAUUCAGUCUCUAGUUUAGCCUUUAGCUGUGAUGGACAAUUACUUGCAUCUGGAGGUUUUGAUGGACUUGUUAAAUUAUGGGAUACAUCAGGAAAUCUCAAACGCACACUUGAGGGUCCAGGAGGUGGCAUUGAGUGGGUUAGGUGGCACCCAAAAGGACAUCUGAUUUUGGCCGGAUCUGAGGAUUGUACUGUUUGGAUGUGGAAUGCUGAUAAUGGGCACUGUCUUAAUGUAUUCUCAGGCCAUGGUGCCAGUGUGACUUGUGGUGAUUUUACCCCUGAUGGCAAAACAAUAUGUACCGGUUCUGAAGAUGCUACCUUGAGGAUAUGGAAUCCAAGGAGUGGUGAAAGCAUUCAUGUUGUAAGAGGUCAUCCAUAUCAUACUGAAGGACUGACAUGCUUGUCUAUAAGUUCCGAUUCAACUUUUGCUGUUACUGGUUCAAAGGAUGGUUCUGUUCACAUUGUGAAUAUCACAACUGGGAAGGUUGUUAGUUCUUGGGCUUCUCCGACAAGUUCAACUGAAGGCGGUCCUGAGUCAAUUGAAUGUGUUUCGUUUGCACCAACCUUCACUUGGGCGGUUUCUGGUGGCAUGGAUCGAAACCUUACCAUUUGGGAUCUACAAAACUCAUCGCCACGAUUCAUAUGUAGCCAUGAGGAAGGAGUGACAUGCUUGGCUUGGCUUGGAGUAUCUAAAUUCUUGGCUACAGGCUGUUGUGAUGGGAGAAUACGCAUAUGGAAUUGUCUAUCUGGGGAAUGUGUGGAAACCUUUAAAGGGCACGAACAUGCCAUCCAAUCUCUGUCUGUAUCUUCUAAUGUGGAGUUCCUUGUUUCUGUUUCCAUGGACGGCACUGCACGAGUAUUUGAAAUCGGAAAUUUCCAUUAAUAAUAAUAUGCCUCCAUGAUCCUCAUGUGGUUACAAAGUAGUGUAAUUCAUUUUUUCUUAUUACAGUGAGAGGAUUGUUAUUAGUCUGUACAUGAAAAUACUUGCAGUUAUGGAGUUCUUUUUCUUUCA